GGUGGGAUGGUUGAAACUUCCGUCUUCUUUCGAUGAUUACGAGAAAAACCCAAGCAAGUGUAUUCCCCAAAGCUUAAAAACUCUCUCUUGUUCAGUCACACCCUCUUCCUUCCUCUUCUUUAAUCUUCCAUUCUCUCGUUUCCUAUCCACAUCUCGCUUCUUCUCCUUCUCAAUCCAUUCCUACAUUGUUCAAUGGUUCACCUUCUCAAUACUUCCUUUCUUCCUUCUUCCUCCGCUCUUCAACGGAAGCCCAUUUUGCCGCCGUCAUUCCGUGCUGCUUCCGCCAAUCGGAGUAGAACCCAGAUUCAGGCCAAGAUCCGGGAGAUAUUCAUGCCAGCUUUGAGCUCCACGAUGACCGAAGGCAAGAUCGUUUCCUGGGUUAAGUCCGAAGGCGAUAAGCUCUCCAAAGGCGAGAGUGUCGUGGUGGUCGAGUCUGAUAAGGCCGACAUGGACGUGGAGACCUUCUACGAUGGGUUUUUGGCGGCAAUCAUGGUUGAGGAAGGUGGGGUUGCAGCUGUUGGGUCUCCUAUUGCGCUAUUGGCGGAGACGGAAGAUGAAAUUGAAAAAGCUAAGUCCAAAGCUGGUGCUUCAGCUUCUUCUUCGUCUUCUUCUCCUCCUGCCGCUGAACUAACUUCGUCUUCUCUGGAGCCUCAAUCGGGGAAAGUUCCUGAUAAUGUGGCACCGAUUCCGGAGCUUGGGGGCGUGGUUGUGGCGUCGACCCAUCCGGCUUCGGAGGGAGGGAAGAGGAUCGUGGCGUCUCCUUAUGCUAAGAAGCUAGCGAAGGAGUUGAAACUGGAUUUGGGGAGAAUAGUGGGCUCUGGGCCAUUGGGAAGGAUUGUGGCCAAGGAUGUUGAAGCCGCUGCUGCAGCAGCCGCCACAGCCGCUUCUUCUGCUGCCACCGUUGGCUCCCCAACAAAUGCCGAAGCUGCCAGGGGAAAGAGUGCGGCAAUUGAGUUGGGUUCAGUUGUGCCUUUUACAAUAAUGCAGAGUGCUGUGAGUAGAAACAUGGUUGAGAGCCUGGCGGUGCCGACUUUCAGAGUUGGCUAUACCAUCACCACAGAUGCACUUGAUGCUUUGUCCAAGAAGAUCAAGUCAAAGGGAGUUACCAUGACAGCAUUGCUUGCCAAGGCUACUGCACUUGCUCUGGUUAAACACCCUGUCAUAAACUCCAGCUGUAGAGAUGGUAAAAGCUUUUCAUAUAAUAGUAGCAUCAAUAUUGCUGUUGCUGUGGCUACAGACGGUGGACUAAUUACACCAGUUCUUCAGGAUGCGGAUAAGGUUGACAUCUAUUCAUUGUCAAGAAAGUGGAAGGAAUUGGUUGACAAGGCACGGGCCAAGCAGCUGCAACCUCAUGAGUAUAACACAGGUACUUUCACUCUUUCCAACCUUGGAAUGUUUGGUGUGGAUCGCUUUGAUGCUAUUCUGCCUCCUGGAACUGGAGCAAUUAUGGCCGUUGGAGCAUCAGAGCCAACUGUUGUGGCUACCAAGGAUGGUCGCAUCGGCCGGAAGAGUCAAAUGCAGGUCAAUGUUACAGCUGAUCAUCGGGUUAUCUAUGGGGCUGAUCUUGCUGCUUUCUUGCAAACCUUGUCAAAGAUUAUUGAGGAUCCUAAAGAUCUUACAUUCUAGUCGUACUUUCCUCCACUCAAAUGAUGCAUUUCUCUGGUAACAAAGUGAAGAAUGAAAUGUUUAUUCGUAGCUUUAGGUCUUUCGCCCUCAGGUCCUAGGUUCUCUGAUCAUGCAGAAACACAGGAGUCCAGACACUAUACACCCAUUUUUACAAAGAACAAGAGCAGAGUGAUGAAUAUUGAAGUUGAAUUCGAGUUUCUUAGAUGAGAUUUUCAGUAACAAAAAGUUGCUUUUUUUUUUGGCGAGAACAGGAAGUUGCUUUUGUUACGUAUUGAUUGCCUGCCCAUUGUUUUCUAGUCAUGUCCAAUUUUUGUCUAGACAUGAAAGUUGGCUUGGAAUUAUGUCUGGAAAGGGGGAAAACAAUUAUUGUAUUUUUAUUAUGUUAUGGCUUACUAAUAAGCAAAUGAAUGCAGUCUGAUUACGGCAACAUUUGACUUCA